UGUUCAAUCGAAACAUUUAAUGUUUACUCAAAAAUAUAAAUGCAAAAUUUGGAAAUUUUCAUGUGUUUGAUUCUGUACUUCUCCCACAGUCAACAUAGAUCAGAAUGACAAGCAUCUUGCCCAUACUAUUCAUAUCGUUCGUGCACCUUGUUACGCACACCUCGAUAAUCAUACACCAGCGGAUGGAUGGAUUUGUAAAUGUUCCAAAAUUGGCCAGUUACAUUACCUAUGCGACCAUAAUGGAUGUCAUCUAUGAUAUCCAAGUGAUACCCAAACAUUGGUCCCACCUUCCAGGCUGGGGCAAGUUUGUCAUAGAAACGCUUUUCACCCUCCUCGUAGCCGAGUUCGGCAUCGUACUGGUGUGGAGUACUCUCGAGGCUGUGUGCAUUACUUUUCUUUUGGACACAAUAGAGAUGUCGGGCCUUAACAUUAUAAUAUAUCCCGGUUGGAGACGGUUCAUAAUCGCUAUUGCCACAGUGUCUCUGAGUCUGAGCAUAUCGCUGGCCGUCUCAACGGCCACAAAUCGCAGUCUCAAGGUCAUCUUGUUAUAUCGCCGAAUCGUAGAUUAUGUGCAGUUUCUUGUGGACAAAUACUUGAAGAAACAGUGUCCUUCGGUACGUUCGAUUCUGAAACAGGAAAUGCAAACACGAGGUGGCGUACCGUCAAUUCUGCGCACACGAUAAAUGUCAAAAAGUCAGCUCCUUUUGAAAUAAAGGACUCUAUCCAUUUAUUGAAA